AUGGGCGGCGCGGGGCACGCGGCCCCUCCCGCUGCUGCACGCGCGCACGGCCGCCACCUGGCGUGCUUCCGCCCGAAGCGCCGCUUUCGGCUGGCCAAGGCGGCGUCGCUCCAGGAGCCGCUGGAGGACGUCGCAGCCGGGCGUCUUGACCUGGCGUGCCACUGCGAGCGCCAGGUGCUGCAGUGCCUCGCGGACGCGCAGGACCAGUCGGACGCCGCGCUGGCCACGGCCGAGGACCUGUACAGGUACCGCCUGCGCAAGUGGGGCGAGCGCUUCGCCGCGCGCGACUGGGCGCAGGAGCGCGUGUGCCAAAAGUGGAAGGAGAACCAGAAGCGCUUCACGCAACAGGCGCCAGACGACGCCAGCAACACGAAGAAGGCACCGGCGGGCAAGAGCGUCAAGAUGGCCUUCUCCACCUUCGCGACGGCGGCGGAGCUCAUGCUGCACUCGCGCCAAUUCGAUGCGCUGCUGAAGGCCGGCGUGUCGCCGCAGCUGCGCGGCCAAGUCUGGUGGAUGUGCAGCGGCGCCGCAGAGCUCCGCCGCGCGGCCAAGGAGUCGUACCCGGCGCUGCUGCAUCGGCUGCACACGCUCAGCAAGUGCGCGGAGAUGGACAUCGAGAAGGACCUGCCGCGGACCUUCCCGCUCUCGCUGCGCAGCUCGAUGCGCCAGUCCCAGGAGCUGUCGGAAGAUGGCGACCACUUCGGAGAACUACGCCGCGUGCUGCAGGCUUAUUCACUACGCAACCCGACGGUCGGAUACUGCCAGAGCAUGAACUUCCUUGCUGCAGUACUGCUGCAGCAGAUGGGGGAGGAGGAAGCGUUCUGGGUGCUGGCAUCCAUCGUGGAGGAGCUGACGCCGCAGUACCACACGCGCACGAUGACGGGAAGUCGUGCUGACCAGCGUGUCUUCUCAGAUUUGGUGACGCAGAAGCUGCCCGUGCUGGCCAACCACCUGCAAACGCUGGGCGUGGACUUUGAGCCGUUCACGCUCAAGUGGUUCCUGUGCCUCUUCCUGAACACGUUGCCGUUCGAGCCGGUGAUGCGGAUUUGGGACGUGUUCUUCUGUGAAGGCAGCCACGUGCUGCUUCGAGUGGGACUCGUGCUUCUCAAGCUGAACCAGCCCCGCAUCAUGGCGUGUGAUGACGCGUUGGAUGUGUACGAGAUGUUCAAGGUUUCGCACGAGACGCUGCAGGAACUCACGGCACCUUAUCGAUCAGGCCUACUGAAUCGGGACGAGUGCGUGUGUGAUACGUUGAUGAGGCUGACGAUGGACAAGUCCUUCCUGGGAACGAUUCCGUUCGAUUCACUCCACGAGUUGCGUCAAUACUACCAGGGAGAGAUUGAAGCGGAACUGCAGGAGGCUGAGGAGCGACGCCUCGAGCGGCAACGCAGUGCCGACGAAGAUCGCGCCCUGAUGAUGGAGUACGAUUUCGUUGAUGACUACGCGUGCAGUUCCGGCUCCGAGGGCUCCCCGGCGCGUCAGAUCCGAUUCAUGGAUCUUUACGACAGCGACGACUCCACGGGCGACUACUUUGUGGACGUCAUGUACGGUUUCUCCCUCGGACAUCACAGCCGCUAA